AUGGCCUUCAACAAUGCUCAGUUUCAUCCUGUCGUCGGGUUCAAAAACCAAGGCUUUCCCUUCUCAAAAUAUGACAUGGAUAUUUCCUCUCUUAUUGCUGGAUUGGGAUGGGAAUCGUUGACUAAGGAUCAACGCUUUCUUCACUGUCCAGAAGCAGUCAGGCUAUUCUAUGUCAACAUUCGUCGUGACCAUGCUACAGCGCCACGGUCCUUCACCACCAUGGUUUAUGACCAUGAAAUCAAAGUCACACCAGACCUACUUGCAUCGGUUCUAUCACUACCUCAUUCUGGGAUUAAAGCAAGUUAUGACAGUGAUUUUGCUGAACAAGGGUUUGACUUUUGUGUCGCCCGUGAUCGGCUGACCUGCGACAUUGGCAAGACUUUCUCCAAUCAGCUAUCAGCUGGUCGUCUUCCUGAUGAUCUAAAAGUCUUGCACUUUUUCAUCACCCGAUGCUUCCUUCCCCGCGACAUCACAACCUUUACUCAAUCUGCAAUAUCAGCCAUAGAUGGUGAGGUCAAGCGUCAAAGAGAGACUGGUAAUGCAAAGACCACAAACCUUUUGGUUUGCAAAGAAUGUCUUGAACUGAUGGAGUUUGAUGAAGCUAGGCUGGCUCCAGAUGACUGUGAUCCAAUCUCAUCUGACUCUAGUUCCAAAGAUGAAAUCUCAUACUAUGAGUCGCCUCCUAGUUACCCCUUCUAG